CUAAGAGAUAAAUGUUCUCAAUUACCAGGAUGUUCUUCUUUAAAAGAGAAAUUAGAGGCUUGUAAUGAAAGAAUAAACAACACAGAAAAAACAGAGGAAACUUGUAAUGAAGAAUUGAUAGAUUUCAUGCAUUGUAUAGAUGUUUGUGUAAGUAAGACCAUUUUUACUCUCCAUUUUGCCAUACUUUGGACGAGAUUUUGA